UUUAAGGAAUGUUAAUCGACCUACGUACGCAUGCAGUGCUCGACUUGUGGCCGUGGAGACAUUCGAAACACUACUUUCUAGUUACUUGAUGACCGUGAUGAUAUUUUCGUGAAAAUUUCCGAGAAGUGCUAUGCUGUUGGCUCAGGGAGUGGAAAAAUUGUUGGCAUGGGUUUCCGCGCGUCAAUGUGAUGUAUUUCUGAUGUCUGAACAUUUCGACUUCUGCUGCUCGCUUAAGUAUCUUGAAAACUUCUGGAAUGAGCAGAGCUGUAAAGAGAGCUUGGAACUUGCGAUAAUGUUAAAAUUAUGCAGCGCUCAAACUCUUCCAGUGUUGGCCAGGUGCUUGUGUUGUGUACGUCAUAGCGAACUAGCCGUCAGCUUCGCGCGAGUAGUCAAAUUGAGACCAGAUUACCUCAUGACUGGUGUUGGCGGACCUCCAGUCGUCCCGUACCAGCAGUCCGCUUUCAGCGAUGCCAAGCAGCGAGAAGACCGAAAAGCGCGGCAGGAACACCGCUCCCACCGUUCACCGGCCCAAGCCACGAUCUUGCAGCCGCAUCAAUUUCUACGGCAUGCUAUCCUCAUCGUAUAGAUGGAAAAGGCGCCAUUGGAUCCAUGGUUCUGCUGAGUUCCGACCCAGAAUAUUCUGGGAUCACGGCCGAGAUGCAUAUGAUUCUGCGGUGCGGCAGUCCGCAAGUCUUCACGGCUGCUGCCUGCGCAAGCGCGUUGUGGCCACACGGAAUAAUGAACAUGGCUCCAUAUGCUUG